AUGUCGUCGUCGCCGAGGGAGGCCGACAUGAGUGGCCGUCCAAGCGACCCAGGGCGGCGGGCGAUGCACGGCGACAGGCCACUAGCUGCAAAGAAUGUCCCUUCGACCUCGUCCGCGCCCUUGUCACAGACACCACCUUCACGUCACGCCCCGGGCACGACCGGCGCACCAUCUGCAGCUGCAGGCACAGCUGCCCCAUCCCAUUCUCUGCCAGUCGACCGCGUGCGCGCGCCCAAUCCCGCAAAGAGAGUGCCCGGAAACCCUGCCCUGGACGAGAUACGAAGCGCCGUGACGAGGGAUGCCAUGAGAGAGGAGGCUCAGAAAGCGGCCAGCAGACUCCAAUCGAGCAGUCUGCGCAACGAGUCCACCCCGACCUCCGCAGCUGUUACUUCGCCCAAUAUGAACCCGGCCUCUACCAGACCCAAGUCUGUUGUUCGCGCCGACUCGCAACCUAUAAUGCCGCGCAACCCUUCUAUCGACUCGACGGUCUCGACGGUCUCGAAUGUGUCGGCUGCCCAAAAGGCAAAUGGAACCACCGCAUACCGCGUGUCUCCGGAGCCCAGCGGACCGCAGGAUGUGGCCUCGGUGAUAGCAGCGGCGGGUUCAGCGGAGGCUGCAGUGCAGAAGCUGUUGAAUGAAAAGAAUCAGGCGGCAUCGCACAAUGCGCAGCUAUGGAGGUUGGUGGAGAAGCAGAGGUCCAUGAUCCUGGGCCUGAACAAGGAUCUGGAGAAGUCAUUGAAGGAGAAAGACCGGUAUAGGAGGAAAUUGAAGGAGCAUUUGGUUCAGUCCGAGUCUGCGCCGGCUCUGACUACGGCUACACAACAGCUGGAGGACAUUGUGGGGAGGGACAACAGUCAGUCGCCUGUGGUAGCUGAGAACGUCCUGGCUACACCACAGCCAGCCAGCGUUCGUGACAUCAGCAUGGACAGCCGCAAAGUCAGUGACACCUCAGACAUAGCCUCGCUGGGACAAGGACGGUCGGAGACGCCACAGGACGCCUUGACCGCACCAUCAUCUGUACUACCAGAAACGCCGCAAUCUGCCGGCAGUGCUAGUGCAAGCAUACGUGAGCUCGAGCGGCUCGACAAUGCUUCCACACCCGCAACAGCAGCGACCGCGAAGCCGCCUGCACCGAUCAACGUUGAGCGUCGUGUAGUUCAGACACCUCCGAUCUCACCACGUCUUGGCGAGCUGCAACGAGAUCCGAUGAACAGCCUCGGUGUGGAAGCUGGACACAAGAAGACUAUCUCGACAUCUUCAGGCGGCGGUCAUUCUCCCUCAGCGCCAUCAUUUUCGAGCCCGAAGUCCCUGGCUUCACGAAAAGCGCCACCAGCACCUCUCGAUCUCGGACCGCAAAAGAAGUUUGAGGCCAUCAAUGUGACGAAUAAUAUCAUGGACGCAUCGGACUCAGAGUACGAGGAGGAUCCAGAUAGUGCUCGCGCUGAACAGAUGGCACGUGGGAGACGGAAAACACGUGAGGAGGAUGAUCGUGAGCGUGAAGUCCUUGCUCGACAGGAGGAGCUGGAGGCAAUCCAACACCGCAGCAGGUCAAAGAAGGACAAAAAGAGCAAGAGCAAGAGCAAACCGCCUGCCGAGCAAGGUGGCAAAGCUGAAAGUGGGCCGACGUCACGCUCAGUGGAACACCUGCCUGCUAGUACUGGGGACGAACCCAGGCCGCAGGUGAUCGCUUACGAUCCUCGUGCCGACCCAGCUUCGAUUGUGCGACAGCGAGCUUUGACCGCUGAAUCUGGAGCGCUGCCGAAGAGUGCGACAGCUCCAGCGCUGCUGAGCCCGGGCUUGCCAAUGAGUCCUCGACCAGGCGAUCGGCCGCUGAAUUCACCCAUGCCACGUGCGCCGAAUAAGCUCCUGAACUCUAUACCGAUGUCACCAAAGUCUGGCGUCAAUGGACUUCCACUUUCACCACGUGCGCCAAGACAGCCCAUCCCGAUGCCACCACAGACACCGCUUUCCUUCGCUUCACCUCAUCUCGCACGCGCCGAAGGCUAUCAGCAGCAGAUGAUGCAGUCGAGCUCUCUGUCGAACCAGAUGAAGUCGACCUCUACCAACAGCACCCCAGAUACUGAGCGGCCUUCCACAGCAAGCGAUCAAAUGGCCGUGACACCUGGCGAAAUAUACAAGGGUCUGGUCACCGAUCACUACCCCGACCUCCUGCUACCGCCCAACGCACUGCCCUCGAUCUACGUCAAGACAUCUUCGUCCCGGAUGAAGCCGUCUCGCAUGAGCUACAUUGCGCCACGACCAGAGGACAAUCCUGUCUUUACGCUUGCUGUCCACCAGCGGUCAGACAACAAGCAGCUGUGGCGCAUCGAGAAGACGUUUGUAUCCCUGGCGUAUCUUGACGAGCAGGUGAAGCAGAUCUCUUCGUUCAGAGAUCGACUGCCAGAGAGGACAAUGUUCAGCGGCCACGCGCCUGCCAAGAUCGAUGCGCGAAGAGCAGCUCUGGAUGGCUACUUCGAGCGCAUGCUUGACGCGAUCAAGGACGAAAGACCUGCGAUUGUCAUGUGCAGGUACCUGAGCACCGAUGCGAUUUCUGCAAACGAAGCGAGCGACUACUUCGGCGGAGCCACGGGAUCGGUGGACAUUAGGCCUGAUACACCGCAGACUAAGGCGAAGCCGCAUCGCGAAGGCUAUCUCACCAAGCGCGGCAAGAACUUUGGUGGCUGGAAGGCACGAUUCUUCGUGCUGGAUGGCCCAGUCUUCAGAUACUUCGACAGCCAAGGUGGCGCACAGUUGGGCUCGAUCAAGCUGCAGAACGCGCAAAUUGGCAAGCAAUCGAACAGUAGCCAGAACGCUCAAGAGGACGAGGACAACCAGUUCCGACACGCUUUCUUGAUCUUGGAGCCGAAGAAGAAGGAUUCGUCUGCACUGGUGAGGCACGUGUUGUGCGCUGAGAGUGAUGAGGAGCGCGACAUCUGGGUUGAUGCUCUGUUGCAAUACGUCGACUACCGUGAAGAUGAGGAUGAGGUGCCGACGAGAUCUAUACCUGCACCGGCACCAAGGCCAGAUAUUGCCGCUGCUCGCAGUCCACGGAUGAAGCCCUCGUAUGGAGAAAUGCGUCCACCGUCCCGGAGCCGAGAGGCUACUGAGGUGCAGCCUGCUUCCUUGCGAGCUGUUGGCUACGACGACACCAUCGCCGGCGACGCACCUGUGAUGGGUCCUGGACCUGGCAACGGACGCAAGACAGACACCCCAUCACCGCCUCACGACGGCAACUUCGGUCCUGCGGUUGAGCAUGCCGCUCCAAGCCACCCUACCAUCUCGGGACCUACCAACUUGCACGUCAUCUCGAAUACCAGCGACUGGGGCAUGAAGCCUCCACCAACACCUCAAGCCAAGGAUCACAAUAACAAGAAGCGUAGUAUCUUCGCCGGCUUUCGAGGUCGUUCGUCGUCGGAUCUGGGACCUAAUGACAAGUUCCCUUCGCCUGGUCUGGCUCCACAAGACCAUUACGCUACUGCUACGUCUGGUGGUCGCGCGGUAUUCGGUGUGCCGCUGGGAGAAGCGGUUGAGUUCGCACGGCCGAUGGAUGUUGAGACCGAGCUGCCUGCGGUGGUCUACCGAUGCAUUGAGUAUUUGCUCGUCAAGAACGCCAUCGCCGAGGAAGGCAUCUUUCGCCUAUCUGGCUCGAACACGGUCAUCAAGGGUCUCAAAGACCGCUUCAACACCGAAGGCGAUAUCAAUCUCGCCGCCGAUGGAAAGUACCACGACGUCCACGCUGUUGCGAGUCUGCUGAAGCUUUACUUGCGUGAGCUGCCGUCGAGCAUUUUGACACGGGAGCUGCAUUUGGAGUUCCUGCAGUGUCUGGAGGCUCAUGGGCGGGACAAGGUUGUGUCGUUGAAUUAUUUGGUGAACAGGCUGCCGCCGGCGAAUCGUGCGCUGCUGGAUGCGCUGUCGUCGUUUUUGCUGAUGAUUGUGAAUAACGCGGAGGUCAACAAGAUGAACGUCCGCAAUGUCGGCAUCGUCUUCGCACCCACGCUCAACGUCCCAGCGCCCUUGAUCUCGUCCUUCGUAGAAGACCAAGCAGCAAUCUUCGGCCCGCCCAUGGACGACGCACCGACCACUUCAUCACACUACCAGGAAGCGACCGCGAACGGCUCAGCACCUACAGACCUACGCUCCCCACGAAAGCAAAUGUUCUCCGACCUCCCCACCCCAGCCUACAACCAAACCACCUUCCAACACUCCUACAGCACCCCACAGCAUAGCACAGGAAGCGACGACACCGGCAUGAUCCCCAUGCAGCCUACCUAUGCAAACUACCAAAUGGCGCCACAAGGCGACGGCGGAUACGGCAGCUUGAACGACGCGCUGCGCUCACCGAAUGUUUACAAGACGUCUGCGAACGGCGGCCCGAGCUCGAGAGAGACGAAGUCGAAGAGGAGGGAGAGCGGGAUGCUUGGAUGGAAUAUGGGCGGAGGGAUUCCGAAGAAGUCGAGCAUGUCAAGACUGAGGGAGGAUGAGGGGGCGAGCUUUUAA